AUGGGUAUGAAGAAGGAUCUUCUUCUUGUACUCACAAUCGAAUCUGUCGUUCUUGGCGUAGUAUUGGGCUUCGUCAUCAGACCAUUCAAUCCGAGUAAUGACACCAUCAGUCUUAUUGGAUUUCCUGGUGAAAUUUUCAUGCAAAUUGUGGAAAUGAUGAUUUUGCCUUUAAUCAUGUCAUCAGUAAUUUCUGCUUUGGCUCAAGUACGUGCUCGCGAUGCGCGUCGGAUCGGAAUAGUGACAAUUAUCUAUUAUAUGACCACCACAUUCCUGUCAACUUUCACAGGAAUUAUUCUUGUAUCUUCUAUUCAUCCAGGCGACCCAGAAUUGAUUCACGAACUGGGAGAGGGAACUUUAGAGAAUACAGCUCUUUCUACAUUGGAUACUUUCCUGGAUCAAAUCAGAAAUAUGUUUCCUGAAAAUAUCAUUCAAGCAACAUUCCAACAAGUUCAAACUGAAUAUAUGCCAAUAAAACCGGCUCGUGUUCGUAAUUCUACAUCAAUGAAUAUAACAACAGAAGUACUGCAUAAGCAGACAUUGACAUACACAAAUGAAAUGAACGUUCUUGGAUUGAUUGUUUUCUGUAGUGGAUUUGGAAUCAUUUUGAGCAUUCUGGGAGACCAGGCUCGUCUCAUGAUCAACUUUUUCAUUGUCCUCGAUGCUAUCAUCAUGAGAUGGAUUAGUGCUCUCAUGUGGUGUUACCCAAUUGGAAUUUUGUCUCUUGUCUGCAAAAAUAUAAUUGACAUUGACAAUUUAACAGAGACUGCUCAAGCUCUGGCAAUGUACGUGGUUACAGUAAUCUGUGGACUCAUGAUCCACUCUCUUCUCACACUACCCUUGCUGUAUUUUCUUGUUACCAAAAAGUCCCCAUUUGCAUUCAUGACUGGAAUGCUACAAGCCCUGGCCACUGCAUUCGGAACUGCAUCUUCUGGUGCCACGUUGCCAGUUACCUUCCGUGCCUUGGAAGAAAAUCUGAAAAUUGAUAGACGCGUCACUCGGUUUGUGUUGCCUUUAGGUGCUACAAUUACUAUGGAUGGAACUGCUCUCUAUGAAGCUGUUGCUGUUAUUUUUAUCGCUCAACUACACAACAUCAAAUUGAGUUUAAUGGAUCUAGUCACAAUCAGUAUCACGACUACGGUAGCUUCCAUUGGAUCCGGAUCCGUACCAGCUGGAUUGGACACUAUUGUUAUUGUUCUUACAACCGUUGGAUUACCAGCUAAGGAUCUCAGUUUGCUCUUGACUGUUGAUUGGCUACUAGAUCGUAUUCGAACAUCUGUCAACGUUCUUGGAGACAGUUUUGGUGCUGGAAUUAUUCACCAUUUGACACGUUCGUCCCUCCUGGAAGCUGACACCGAUGAGCUAAUUCGACAGAUUCGUGAAGACAUUGAUAUUUUGAAUAACCCACAUCAAGACACACUUCCUAUUUCUCAUCACAGUGUUCAGUCAACUAUUCAGAAUACUCAGAAUUCGAUGCAGGUGGGUUUGAGAUCAUUUUUCAAAAUUUUUAAAAAUUUCCAGGCUCCUCAUAUAUACUCAAAAUCAGCCCGAGCCUCUUUCGCGCCAGUUCCCAACGAAGAAGAACGAAAAGCGUUGCUGAAAGAAUCGAUUGCAUUGAACAAAUCUGAAACUCAUAUUGUCUGA